GUUUCACUUCCUUCCUCUGACGCCCCCUAGAGAGAAAAAAAGCAGCAAGAAAAGCGAAAACCGAAAAUGAUCCCUGGCAGUCACAGAAAUAGCAAAGGCUAAGAGAAAGGCUGAAAAUGCUUUGAAUAAACAGGUUAUGUUAAGUUAAAAGAGUGCUCGACUGUCAGAUUAUUUCAGUGAACCACAACAUGGAGACUUGAUCUUUACAAGGGAACUGAGAUUUUGCGCUUACUGAACAGCAGCAUUGUUUAUUUUUCCAGACAUGUAUGCGUUUACCUUGCGUGUGAUCAGCUGUCUGUGUAUCUUUCAAGGAGGUGUUUUUUCUGAAGAAUGCAGUUAUGGUGUAUUUGGAAAACGUGAGACAUUCUUGGUGCCUGCAGGGGGCAGUUUGUCUCUGUUCUGUGUGGUUCAACACUGUGGAGGUAACUGGACAGGCAACUGGAAAAGGCAAAAUCUCACAACUUCAACCACUGUUGAAAACAGCGCAAGGCACCGUUUCACCAUUGGCCCAGUCAGUGCCAAUCAAAGCAAACUACAUUUAAAGAUUUUGAGUGUUAGAGAGUCAGAUGAAGGGUUUUACACAUGGAACGUGAAAUGGAGUGAUGGAAGCCAUGAUGUAAGCCAUUGGAUGCAAGUGAAUGUCACAAAAGGUGUUGCCUUUGAGAGAAAACCCUUACACAGGGUUCUGGUCUGCACUGGCGCCUUUCUUUGUCUUCCUGUCAUUUUGGGAUUGGCUCGCUGCCUGAGUUCAGAGGUCAAGCAACAGCCACAUCCCAGGAUAGAGGUCUUACUUGCAGAUGGACAUAAAGAUAGAUCACAUCAGGCUCCACAGCCUCCACCCCGACGCCCAAUACCAAAGAAACGCACUGCUCCUCCUCACAAAGCUCCUUCACCAUCCCAGCAAAAGCCAGAGUUAUUGUACGCAGACAUUUCCCAAGAUGCCCUGAGGAAUCAAAAGGCUCAGAGAGAGCCAGUUGAACCCACUGUCUACUCAACUGUCAGGUUUUUCUGACAGCAGAAGACAGAAGACGGAGAUAUGGAGCAGUCGGGUCCAAAGGUCUGUGGUAUAGGGUUAGGGUUAGAUGAAGGCCCAUUUAUUUGGGCCUUCAUCUAUUUUUCCAGUUCUUGUUCUGUAGUGGAAUGAUCAUAUUGGACAGAACUUCAGUGAUUCAGUGUCUUUGAGCUAUCACCAAGAUCCUGGCAUCAUUCUGGUUGGAUGAAAAGCUUUCCAUUAGAGGUGAUAACUUGUUUAAAUGAGAUGGUUUUCUUGCACUGACCCAAAUAUUUAUCAUAUCAUAAGGGCUAUCCAAGAAGCUCAGUGUCAGCCUACUUUGUACAUUACAAAAGCACUUUGGUUGGGUGUUUAGGAUUAUUGUCCUAUCAUAACUAAUGUGCACAGGUUUCAACUGUCUAGCUGUUGAUUUGAGGUAAAGUUAAAUAACCUCGAGGUAGUUCUUAAUUUUUAUUAAUUCCAUUCAGCUAAGUUUUAUUUAUAGAGUACCGAUUCACACCAAAUGAAUCAUCUUGAGGCAUUUUUAAUUAAAAAUAAACAUUUACUUUAUUCUAGUGAUCAAGCAGUACAUUAAGCUCAGUAAAUUAUUCUAAGUAGUUUAAAAAGUUUCUAUCUAAGGAAACCGAGCAGAUUGCAUUGAGUCAUCAAUUUCAAAUUUUCACUCUUUCUGGACGAGCUUGCAUUGAGUCGUUGACUUUACAGCAAUCCCUCCUACAGAGCAUGCAUGUAGUGACAGCGAAGAGAAUUAAACUCCCGUUAACAGGACAAAACCUCCAGCAGGACCUGGAUCAGUACAAGCAGCCAUCUGCCUCGACCGACUGGGGGUUCGACAGAGCAGAAUGCACAAGAAGAAACAAAUGAAAUGAUGUCGGAUUAUUUUUUAUAUUCAUUAUUUCAUCAACGUUUUACAAUCUACGAUGUAAGAAAAACAUACUGCCACCCCCAUGGUUGAUACCUGGUAUGGUAGUGUUAGGCUUACCGCCCCCAAUAUGACUGAUCUGAAUGUUCAUCUUGGCAUUAUGUUCAAAUAUUCAGUGUGUGUUGAUGUUAAACUUGUUUUUCUGUGAAUAGUGACACUGGUGUCUUUAUGGUAGAGCACUGGUUAUUCCUGAGUUGUUAUUGGACAUCCUAACCAAUUGAUUUCCAUCUGAGGGUGAAAGUUUGAGUUUGAUCUACUUCCAAAAAUUAAUUAAGUGUAUUUUAUAAAUUAUGUGCAUUGUGUGGACACAUUGCAAAAAGUAAAAAAAAAACAACAACAAAAAAAACACAUAUGGCACAAAAUACAACAUUUUAUUGUAGAAUAAAUUCUCAGUGGCACAUUACAUAACCAAAUAUACAUAUACGUUAUUUAGACAUUUCUUAAAUUAAUAUAUCUUCAUUUUAUAAUUUUGCUUUAAUUAAUUAGCAUAUUCUGCAGUGAUUUGUUUGUACAUGACAUCAAUGCAAAAGAAGUUAAUAUAAUAAAUUAAGCAUGUCAACAGAGAAAAAGGCUGCAGGACAUUUUUGGGCAAUACCGCUACAAAUAAAAUGAUAAACAGAACUUCCUGUUUCUUCUGUCCCUGCUCUCCUUACACGAGGUAAUUGGUGGCCUAUCCCAUUUCAAAAUUAUGUGCUAGUCUAGGCAUAUUAAAACAUACAUUUCAAGUAACUUCAUCCAGAGCAACUUCCCAAGAUGUUAAAACUCAAUAAACGAGGACAUUUGCAAUGUGUGUGAACUUUGAAACUUUAGUUUGCUAAGCCAUCUUCAACUUCACCAAUAGUUUCCUGUGCAGUAAAACACAAUAUUCAUCCAAACACUUUCUAGUUUGGUCACAUUAAAAACACUCUUAACAUGUCGAUAGCUAGCUGACAAUCACAGAAGAUUCAUGGCCCCGUUGUGCUUGAGAGAAACUGUCUUUGCAACUUAAGGGUUUGAAACCAUAGCUACGAUGGCAUUAAACGCAAAUGACAAGACUGUAAUUCACAUUAAAAGUAAUUUCUAUAAAAGGUGGUUCAAAGGCCUGGUGGAGCAUAUUUUUCAAGUCGACUUCAACGAUUCCCUCACUGGCAAACUUCCCUGCUAAAAAUACCCCCCAAAAACAAGCACCACAGAGCAAGUAUGCUGAUACACCGAGCUAGCAAGCUUCAAUGGAAGGUACACGGAGGUGAAAUGUUUUUUAGUAAGUGCAACGUCUUUUUGUCCCCUUCAGAAAAUGUGGGUGUAGUUUGGCUUCCCACAAGCUGUGCUGUAACCAGAUCCAGGAACUUGUCAUCCUCUCACACGGUGAGAGAUUGAACACACAAGCAGAGAAAAAAGGGCUUUGGAGAGAUUGUAAGGUGCAGCUUGGGCUAAAAUAAGCUUGUGGCUAAAAUGUGCUGGCAGUGUCUCCUACUGUGUCUAACCAGGGUGUCGUGGAUCGCCCCGACAGAUAUAUAAAUGCUGGGAGACAUCUUUAGAGUGCUGUGGACACAAUGCAAUGGGUACCAAGGUUACAAAAGUGUCUCCAAAAAUCAUAGCUGUUUUCUAAAAAAGCGUUAAUAUUCAUAACGAAGAAGUUCAGGCUCCACAGUUCCACAAGGCUUUGCUACUGUAAGUAGACUAUACAUUAGGUCUUUGUGAAUGUGGGAGAGUCUCUGCUCACUGUUUCUUUUCUCAAAGCACAAGAGGAACUGCUUGCAGACAUACCAUUGAAGGGUAAAGGUAAAGGAACAUCCUGCGGUCUGUCGUUGGUUCCACAGAGUGCUCAACAGUUGGCUGGAUGAGGACUAACAGUUCGGCCAUAAACUUGUACACUUGUUUGAAAGAUGGUGUCUAAGAAAAAGCUGAGGCGCAGUCUACAGCCUGCCCUACACUCACAGUUUUACAGCCAUGCCAAGACCGUCAAGUGAUAGGAACAACAAGAGUUAUGCUGCAGCUAGAUUCAAGCAGCUAAAAGUUGCUUCAAAGACAGUGAACGUGUAUGAGCUGCUUUUCUUCAAUUACACUCACAGUUAUAUCAGUAUGUCUAUGGUGUGCAGGAUCUCCUGUGCAGCUCUAGUCAGAUUAGCCUUUUGCUUAUGGUUAUAAGAAAAGGCUGCACAAAUGUUUUACUUUUCUGGUGAUGUUGUGAUUUAGUCAACUUCCUCAGAAUCACGCUGCUUCUUCACUGAGGAAGUCUGAUGCUUUUUCCUUCCCCAAAUCUACUCAGACUGAAA